UAAUCCGACUAAAGCAAAGAACUAAUCCGACAAUUUCUUAAUUUUGUCUGCUUUUUAUCAGCUCAGGCUUUUUGGAGGUGGGGAGCAGGAUUACAACAUAAUUUUCUGGUCAUGCCACCGAUUUCGUGCCAUGAAUCACAUCCUACUUCACUUGACUUGGCCCAAAUAGAACAGGACAGGGGGGAAAAUAUGAGCCACUCUUCGAGUCGCAAUGCAACACACCACACUGAUUAAAAUCUACCGAAAGAUAGAAUCGUGACUUCUUCUUUUUUUUUUCUUUCUUUCUUUCCAGGCCUUGACCUGCUCUGUGGAUGAAACAAUAGAGGCAGAAGCCUCUGUCCAAGGUUGCUGGGCUCCAGACUCCCUCUUCUCAGGACCAGGAGCAUUGUAGGAUUGAUUUUAUUUUGCAAUUUGUCUAGCACUGGCCCGCCCACCGUUCCCAAAGCUGAACUGGAGCCUGCCCUCCCUUCCCUGCAAGCAUCAACCUGUCCACAACACUUGUUGAUUUCUCCCCACUGCUUUGUGGCCGGUGUGUUGUCAGGACUCUAAUGCUCUGAAGCUGUUUGUUAUUUCCUCUUUGGUUCUCUCUCCCCCACCCCACUACUAAUUCACUACUCAUUGCUUUUGUCACUUCAAUCCUCCAAGUUCCUUCCCUCCCUCCCUUCUUUCUUUCUUUCUUUCGAGCUGGUUGGGCUCCUUCCUGGCACACAGCAGUGCCCUCGCCAACUUCCAGGUUGGCAGCAGGAAACGGCCAAGCUCCCUCCUUCCUUCUCUCACCUGGGAAUUCCAGCAUGGCAAUGGCACCUGGGCCAGCUUGGAUGCCUCGCCGGACCGGAGCCCACCGUUCUUUGGAGAAAGCCCUCCAGGGGUUAACCAAGCUGCAACAGCUGGUGUGCCAACCUCAGGUGGCACUUCGGAAUAGCCCGCCUUACCUGCCGUCCCUCCUGCCCUGGAUCUACCAGCACCUGAUCCUUAUUCGGGAGCAUUACGGGGCCGGUUUGGCCAAGGUUUGGGAAUCAGAUUUCUUUCGUAUUUUUGUCCUGAAUCUGCUGGAAAAGAUUAAGCAAACCACACGGCUAUUCAGAAGAGGGAAAAACAAGGAGGAGAUUUUGCUGGAAGGCUCAGCUGCCAGGAGGAAUCUAACGAAGCUUUCCCUGAUCUUCAGUCACAUGUUGGCUGAACUACAAGCCGUGUUUCCCAACGGGGAGGACCAAGGCAGCACGUACCAGCUGAGCAAGCAAGAGGCCCAGAUCUUCUGGAGGGGCACCUGGAGGGAACGGAGCCUGGUUCCUUGGACUGAAUUUCAAAAAGGUCUCCAGCAAGUCCAUUCAGUAGAUUCUGGUCCAAUGGCCGUAGCCCUGAAGUCCACCAUUGACCUGACUUGCAGUGGCCAUAUCUCCAUAUUUGAAUUUGACAUCUUCACUCGUCUCUUUCAGCCUUGGCCAACUCUGUUGAAGAACUGGACUUAUCUAGCAGUAACACACCCAGGUUACAUGGCGUUCCUCACUUACGACGAGGUGAAGGCGCGGCUGCAGGCAUAUGUCAACAAACCGGGCAGCUACAUUUUCCGGCUCAGUUGCACCCGGUUGGGCCAGUGGGCGAUCGGCUACGUGACGGCAGAUAGAAGCAUCUUGCAAACCAUCCCACAGAACAAGUCUCUUUUCCAGGCCUUGGUGGAUGGACACAAGGAAGGCUUCUACCUGUAUCCGGAUGGGAAAAACGUGAAUCCGGAUCUGGCAGAAUUGAUGGAAGGCUCUGCUCGAAACCGAAUUCAGGUCUCCCAGGUGCUUUAA